AUCUUUUAAAUAACCCCGAGUGACUUUCAGUUAAACACGUUGAAAACGAUCGGCAAAAUGUGGUGUACUUUUGUCUUCGUGUUGGUCAUCGUUGUAGUGUGUUACUGUGAGGAGAUUUUUAUUAGCUCCACAAUCACCCCUGACACAGAACACCAAAGACUAAUAAACAUUCUCGACACCUUGAACGAGAAAGUGGAACUACAGUCGACAAUCAGAGAAAUUAAUCACCGUUUAGAAAAUCUAGAAAAGCAGUUCACUUCUGUAGCCACCUCUUGCGAAAUCAGUCGUCAUUUAGAAAAACCGAAGCCAACACUGGUGACAACUGAUUCAAUGAAAAUCAAUAAAACGAAAGAAAUUGUCGAAAGUUUAAAGAAAAUCGAGCUGCAAAUCACCGAAUUGAAAAAUUCAGGAGAAACUUUCCCCACAGGAAAGACUAUUCCGGAAAACUGUCUAGAAUUAAAAAAUCGUGGAAUUAAUGCCACUGGUAUUUUUCUCGUUAAACCCAAAUUCGCGUCUGCCCCUUUUCUGGCAGCUUGCGAUAUGACCACAAAAGGCGGCGGGUGGACCCUCAUUCUAAGCAGAUUCGACGGAAGUGUGGAUUUUUAUUUAGAUUGGCAGAGCUACAAACUCGGUUUUGGAAAUCUGGCUGAAGAAUUCUGGCUAGGUUUGGAAAACAUUCAUCAAUUGUCUGGUUACGAAGUCAAUGAGCUACUCGUGGAGUUAGUGGAUUCCGACAACAAAGAAACUUAUGCUAAUUACAAGCAAUUUAGUGUUGCUAGUGAGCUGGAAGGUUACGCUUUGAAAACACUAGGAGGGUUUAGCGGAACUGCGGAAAAUGGUCUUCGUUAUCACGCUGGUAUGAAAUUUACCACAAAAGACAAAGAUCAGGAUCCUUAUGUACAUGACACUGGCAAUUGUGCACAAUCUUUUACCGGAGCUUGGUGGUAUAAUAAAUGCCACCAGAGUCAACUCACUGGUGUUUACUCAGAAAAAACAGACAAAUACAAAGGAGUUCGCUGGGGGGAAAAAUAUUAUUUGAAGAAAGCCAGAAUGCUAAUCAGGCCACAGAUGGUAUUAUGAUGGUAUCUUUGGUAUUAUAAAUUCUUACAAAUAUUUUAAUUACAUCUGUUAAAAAU